AUGAGUGUCAAGCUUGCGGUAGGAAAACUGGUGCUAAAUGUCAUCUGUGCUCAUGCACCACAAGUAGGAUGUAGUACUGAAGAAAAAGACGAGUUUUGGCAACAACUGGAUGUGGAACUACAGGCGUUACCACAGGAAGAGAGGGUGUUCUUAGGAGGAGACCUAAACGGUCACUUAGUCCUAAUUGUAGUUUUAGAUUGCGAAGUGAAGAGCGCGAAGAGGGGGAAACAGCUAAGCACACCAAAGAUUAAGUGGUGGAAACUAAAAGAAGAACAUCUCAAGGUGGAGUUUAAGGAGAAAGUGAUGAGAGAAGUAACAUCUAAAGAGGACACAAAUGAAUGGUGGGAAGAGAAUAGUAAGGUCAUUAGGAGGGUGGCAGAGGAGGUGCUAGGAAAAACAUCUGGGAAAGGAAUGCCUCAAGGAAAAGAUACGUGGUGGUGGUGUGAGGAAGUUCAAGUUAAGAUCAAGGAAAAGAAGGAGGCAAGAAGAAGGUUUGAAACAUCAAGUAGAGAGGAAGAUCGAGCAGCAGCAAAAUCAGCCAAUAAAGAGGCACAAGCACAAGCCAAAGCAAGAGUAAUGGGCAAAAUCUAUGAAGAGUUGGAAACAACAGAAGGACAGAAAAAUAUAUAUUUGUUAGCAAAGAGGAGAAAUAGAGCGACAAAAGAUUUCACACAGAUAAAACAGGUAAAGGAUGGAGAAGGAAGACUACUCAGUGACGAGAAUGAAAUUAGGAAUAGAUGGAAGGUCUACUUUGAAAAGCUACUGAAUGAGGAGAAUGAGAAGAGAGUUUUAGGAGAAGGUACUUCAAAUGAGAGAGAAACGCCAGAAAUAGAAACACAAGAAGUAAAGGAGGCCUAG